AUGACUUUCUGGUACGCCCUGGUUCCAGUGUGCAUCCAGUGCUUGGCGCUGCCUUUGGUGGAGCCGCCGCCAGGGAUAUUGACAACAGAAGAAAUUGAGGCUCCAGAACCUUUGCUGCAGAAGCCCAAAGGUGAUCCGCGGCAGUAUCAGCAUAGUGUGCUGGAGAAUGGUCUGCGCGUGGUGAAUAUUGUGGAUCCCAACACCACCCAGGCGGCUGUAGCUGUGGCAGUGACGGUCGGCUCUUUCUCUGAUCCCGAGGGCUUUGAUGGUUUGGCACAUUUGCUGGAGCAUUCUAUGUUUCUCGGUUCCCAGAACUUCCCAGAGAGGUCAGGUUUUGAUGCUUGGCUUGCGCAGAACGGAGGAAGUUCCAAUGCCUACACUGCUGAGGAACAGACUGUCUUCUACGCUUCAGUGAGUGGGAAGGCGCUCGCGGGAGCGAUGCAGCGCUAUGCCGACAUCUUCUCCCAGCCCACCUUCAACGCCUCCUGGGUGUGGGACGAGGUGCAGGCUGUGGACAGCGAACACAACAAGAAUCGCAAGAGCCAAGAAUGGCGGGUGGAGAGUUUGAUCAACCUGAUGGCCGCAGAGAAGCCGAUGAUUCGCUUCCACACGGGCAAUGUGCAAACCCUGCGCAGUACUAAUGAGUACACCUUGGCCGCAAAGAUCAAGGCAUUCUUCGCCCAGCACUACUGUCCCCCCAGGAUGCGCUUGGUGACCUUUGGAGCGCCUUCCUUGGAGUGGCAGCUGGAGCAGGCGCAGGCGACCUUCGGGCAAAUCCCGCGGCAAGGGCAAGGCUGCGGAGAGGCAGCUCCAAGCUUUCAAGGAGUUGUGCCUUAUCCGAGCUCUUCCCUGCAACAACUCCUACGGAUGCAGGGCUUGACGCCCAAACCGGAGCUGCAUAUGGUCUUUCCAAUGCGGACCUUGCGGCCCUGGAUCAGGAGCAACCCGAUGGCAUAUCUUCAGCACAUCCUUACCUUUGCAGGGAAGGACUCACUGCUGCUGGCACUGAGGGACCAGCUCAAUGUGGCUUCUAGCUUGUCUGUGAACCGAGAAGACUCCAGUGCUGGAUCCAAGAUUGUUGUCUCCUUGUCCUUGCUUCCCGAGGGAGUGGAGCGGCUGCCCGCGGUGUUGGAUGCUUUCUUCAGCUUCAUCGCUCGUGCCCGUAGCGGUACUUCGAAUGCGAAGCUUGGGGUCUUGCAAUCGCUCGCAGAGUCUGCGCAAGUGGGCUAUGACUGGUCGUCUUUGCAGGACGCCUCACGUGCCGCCUUUGAAGUGGCAGAUGACAUGACCAAACUUGGGGCAUCUGACCUGUUGGUGGCCGACAACCUAAUCCUCGAGCCGGAUGUCGUGAAGGUCGACUACAUUCUCAACAGGCUGCGCCCAGAGCAUAUGCUGCUGGUGCUGGUGGAUACUGAGCAGUCCAGCUAUUGGCAAGGAGGCCAGCCAGAUGCCAGGUCGCUUCCCUUCUAUGAUGUCAACUACACAAUGAGGCCCUUGGAGAGCACCUGGAAGAAUUGGAAGCAAUGGCAACUCUCCAGCGAUGCCGUGGACCCGUUCAAGUCGACCACCUCCUUGGACGAACGUGUCGCGGAGGUGAAAUCGCAGUUUUCUUUGACGGUGCCCAGUGUCAUCGCAGGCUUACCAGAAAACCUGACCCAAGCAGCCGCGCCCGUGAAGGGCUCGGGUCAGCUGGGAGAGUUGUGGGGUGAUCUUCCCAAACGAAUGGAGUUGAAGGCCUUCGCGAACCUGGAUUUGGAGGGUGCUGAAAAGCGAGAUCUGGAUCUGUGGCACCGCGAGAACUGGAUGCUGCGCCACCCACGCGUCACGGCGCGCCUGACGCUGCGGCGGCCACAGAGUGCCAAGGGCUACAGUGCCAAGAAUGUGGUGGAUGCUGAGAUUGGACUGCGCAUACUGAACGAGUUGAUGUCGGCUGGUUUGGCGAAUCUGACAGACCUCGGCACCACCUGGAAGAUCGAGACAGGUAACAGUCAAAGCUUUACGGUGCUGCUAAGUAGCUUUGCAGUAAAUGCCAAAGAGCAUUUCGCGCAAGUUUUGAUGGAACUGAUGCAGGAGGAUGAAAAGGCUGCUGCCGCGGAGCGGCGCCUGGUUCGCUUGCGAAGGGAAUUGAAGAUGGAGUUGGAAGAUCAGAGUGAGGCCAUCCUUAGCGUGGCGGUGCGUGAGCGCAACGUCUUGCUUAUGCCAGAGACCUUUGCGAGACAUGAGCUCUUGAGUGCUUUGGUGGAAGGAGCCGCCGAGACGACACAGGAAGCGCUGGACGUCUUGGAAGCACGUCGCUUGGGGAAACUGUCGAUGACCGGCCUAGUCAUGGGCAGUUGCUCCUUGCAGCUGGCAGAAGAGUUGCAGGACAAGAUGCUGACUCAGCUUGGCGUUGGCGGUGGCAAGGUUGACUUGAUCGAUGCAAACAGCAGCGAACGGGUUGACCGGGUGGUGCGCUACUCACAUCCCGUGGAGCUAAGGGGCAGGAAUCCUCGAAAUGAUAGUUCCCAUGCCAUGUUGAUGACCAUCAUGGUGGGCCCCAGCAGCAUCAAGCGGCGGGUCCUGUUGGGUCUCAUCUCGGAGGUGCUGAAUGAGGUGGCUUUCAAGGUCUUACGGACCGAGCUGCAGCUGGGCUAUGUGGCAGGAGGCUCCGUCUCGGCCAUCUCCAACAUCCUCACCGUGUCCUGCUUCGCUGGGGCACCUGAUGGAUUGGUCCCGGAGUUCCCGAAGCAAUCUACACAGAUCCACACAGAUCCACACGGUGGCACCCUUUGGUUACCUGCUUCCAAUCGACUGAUGGAUGUUGCGGAUGUUGCAGAAUGUGGCAUUUGCACGGGCAACCUGGAGGACGGCGCGAGCUUGGAGGGGCCAUUGAGCUGCCAUGUAGCUGCACGGUGCCCUAUUGCCACCCAGCUGCAGGGGCUGGGCAGUGGGUUUCUGUGGGCGUGGGGCGUCGGUUUGAAGGACUGUCCUGCUUUGGGUCAAGAACACAAAGGCCAGCAAUGCUGGGAUCGCACCCUGGCAGCCAGCCUCAGUAAGGUGGGCCUCCCACGCUGUCCCAGUUGUCGCAUGGUGAUCCGCCCGGAUUACGAUGCACAGCUGGGACGAUUGGUUUUUUCACGUGUGGCGGAUGCUACCGUUCGCUACGAAAAUUGGCUCGAGAGCUUGGAUGAGACCCUGCAGCAGCACGGCGUGAGCCGCUGUGAUGAAGGGACCAAGUUUAUCGCCAGAACUCAAGCUGGUCACUUGACCAAACUCUUUGUGAUGUUUGCCUUUCAGGAGACUGACGAGGUGCAAGGACGCCUGUGGCAGUCACUGCAGAGGAGGAAGGAAGAGAUGAAUCUCCUGCAGAGGAGGAAGGAAGAGAUGAAUCAGGAGAAGUGGUUUACUGAAAACGAGUGGUUUGUGACGAAUCAGCAGGGAGAGGAAGUGAGUCCUCCCAGGGAGCCUUCCGAAGCGGAGUUUCCCUUACAGGUGCGCUACCCAAAGACGGUAGAGCGACCUGUGACCGAGCUGGAUGCGAGUAGCUUUCCCUUGACCCUGACCUUCAAGGAGUACGUGGUGUCCAUCGACCAUCGCCCCGCGGCCGGCGGUGCUGGCGAUGUGGCGUCCACCUUUGAUUUCCGUGAAAGCGCCGAGGGCUCCAAAUGCCUCGUGGUGGUGCGGGACAAUGUGGGUGCGGCCAAGAAAUGGAAGGACAAUAGCACCAGUGUUUGCUUGCAUCCUGGAGAUAGGAUCCUGGAGGUCAACGGCUACACGGAGGGUUCAGAGAUCCUGGAGCAGUUGGGACGAGCUGAACUGUUGAAGGUGCGGCUUCAGCAGAAGGGCAGCAUCUUCAAGACGGACGUUUUCAAUCCGGAGGAUGACAUGCGGAAUCGCCUUCAAAGUCAGGCGAAACCUCGACAGCAGGAGCUGCUACGAAGACGGGGUGAAGGCGACCCUCCCCUGUGUGUUUGUGGUGGCCAGUUGAAGCUCCUGGAAUUGCGCGAGCGAGUGAAGCUGCUGGUGGACUCGGACGGUUUCUUGGAAUACGCUGGGCGGCGCUUCUCGGUGGAGGACUUGAUUCAAAUGAGCGCCGUGUCCUGCGACCUUUGCCACAGAUCCAUCCAAGAGGAGAGGCCGAGACUAUGGACCUGUCAAAAUGGUGCCAACACCAUCCUGCAUGCGCAGUCCUACGACGUCUGCGAGCAAUGCUUCAACAGCUGCUCUGAACACUGA